CAGAUCGAUUUAUAUUUCAGUUUUCUCUAGCAGAGUUAUCAACAGAGUUCCAAGAUGGGUUGUGCAGAAGGUUUGGUUAGGUUCCUGGUUUUCGGUGCGAAUCUUAUUUUUGCACUUGGUGGAUUGAUCCUCAUCGUCGUUGGUGUUGUUUAUAAACUGAAUAUUCAGCAAUUCACAGAAUUGAUACCAGCGGAAGAACAAAAUAUAAAGCUUGUUCCAGUACUUACCAUUGUCGUUGGAGUCAUCAUCUUCGUUAUAGCCUUCUUUGGUUGCUGUGGGGCUAUAAGAGAGAGUCCUUGCUUGCUGACGACGUACUCCAUUAUUUUGAUGACCCUGUUUCUACUUCAAAUUGCUGUUGGUGUAUACGCCUUCUUAGAAAUCAAAGAUGAGGAUGCUCUUUCGAAUAAAAUCACUGGAGUCAUGAAUAAGAUUUUCAACAAAUACAACAGUACUUCCGGCAAGACGAACGAGAUUGUGGAUUUCAUGCAACAGGAGUUGGAGUGUUGUGGAACUGAAGGCCCAAACUUCUGGAACACUUCAAUUCCUGACAGCUGCUAUGAGGACGGAAAAAUAAGUCCCAAACACCUUUACAAAAAUGGGUGUAUUGACGAGUUCAUCGACUAUUUAACUGAUUCCGUCGAAGUGAUCGGAAUUACAGUCCUGGCACUAUCUUCGUUGGAGGUGAUCGGUUCAAUAUUUUCUCUCUGUCUGUCCAGCAGUAUCAGGAAUAGAGAGAGAAGAUUUAGAUAUUAGGUUGAUGUUGAUCAAAGACAAGUAUUCACUCGAUAUUAGAAACUGAAUAUGAAGUACAUUACACAAUGCCUAUCUGCAGUGAAGAAUUUAAUUUUAGACAGAAUUUCAACUUGUGAGAGUGGUAUAAAUAUAUUUUACAUUUGUAA